UUUAAAUCGAAAAGCCCUGUUCAAGUUUAGGUUAGGAAUCUGUAUUUAUUUGUGAUUAUUUACUUCACCCUCAAGCGUUUGGUAGAUUUUGGCGAUGAAUGAAUGCAGCGUGGUUUUGCCUUUCAAAAGCUGCAACAUUAUCUGAUAUGUUUAUGGCUGCAACCGAUCAAAUUAUGUCCAUCCAGAAAGUUGAAGUUCCGGACAUUUCCUUGGUUAAAAAGGAACCCGAUGAACAGUGGAACAUACAUUUACAAUCUAAUGCCACUAACAUUGCCACAGUGAAAGUGGAAGCAAAAUAUGAAAAUGAGGUUAAAGUAUUUUAUACAAAACAAGAGGUUCUCGUAAACGAUGACACUAACGACAGUAUUAAACAUGAAGAUACUAAAAAGGGUAUUGUGGAUGCAAAUAAUCUACAAACCCUAGCACAUCAUGAUAACAUUGGUGUCAAGCAAUACGCAAAUGGUAUACCAGUUCCUUACGUGCCAAAUGGACAGCGUAAUGCGAUUCCUUCACAGGUAAAGGUAUCAAAAAGAUUUAAAUGCCAGCAUUGUGACUAUGUAACAAACUGGAAUAGCUGCCUACAGAGACAUGUGCUCGCACUUCACAGUCCAAUGGAUUUUAAAUGUGACCAUUGUGAAUAUGUAACCAAUCGGAAAGACACUCUAACUAAUCAUGUGAACGCGCUUCACUUUUCAAUCAAGUUUAAAUGUGAUCAUUGUAAUUAUGAGUCAAAGUGGAAAACUAAUCUAAACAGACACAUCAUUGAUUUUCAUGAUUCAUGCCAAUUUAAAUGUGAACACUGUAGUUACACAACAAAAUAUAAAACUCAUCUAUCCAACCAUACAAAUGCUCUUCAUGCAAAUGUAGUAUACGAGCCUGUUUCAAAUGAAUUUAAAUGUGAACAGUGUGACUAUGUAACAAAAUGGAAAAAUGCUCUGGUUCAACACAUGACUGCCAUGCAUAGUACAAAUCAAUUUAAAUGUGGUUAUUGUGAACACGUAACAAAAUGGAAGCACACUCUAGCUAGACAUGUGGAACGUCGUCAUAGCCUAACAAAAUUUAAAUGCGAACAGUGUGAUUACAUAACAAAGUACGAAACCUUUAUGGCAAGGCAUCUGAAUCGUUGCCACGGUGUAACUAAAAAAGGAUCAAGUGAAUACAAAUGUGCCCAUUGUGAAUAUGAAACAAAGUGGAGGCAGCAUCUCGUACUGCAUAUCAGACGUCAUUACAGAUCAAAUAAGUUGAAAUGUGAACAGUGUGAUUACGUCACGAGUUGGAAAAGUGCUCUAACACACCAUGUGAAUGGUAACCAUGGGCCAAUUGAAUUUAAAUGUGAGGAUUGUGGUUUUGUAACGAAAUGGAAGUAUAAAAUGGGGCUUCAUAUGAAAAUUCAUAAGUAGUUACUAUAUAGAAGUGCGUGUAAUUGUCUAUACAUUCACUGGAAAAGGUUAUUACUUUAAUUAUAAAUUCUUAGGAUGUUUUUUUAACUCAAUUAAUAAUAAAUAAAUCGUAAUAGUAUGUCUUUA